AUGCUCUCCUUCCUCUCCUCAAGCCUGUCGAACACGCGGCAAACCCUUGCCCAAGUGUUAUCCUUUGGCCUCGUGCUAUCUACUGCUUUUAUGCUCUGGAAAGGGCUGUCAAUAGCUACGGCGUCUUCGUCGCCAAUCGUUGUCGUCCUCUCAGGAUCUAUGGAACCUGCCUUCCAACGUGGCGACCUUUUAUUCCUCUGGAAUCGCAGCCCCCGCGCUGAAAUCGGCGAGAUCGUCGUCUACAACGUGAAGGGCAAGGAUAUCCCGAUCGUACACCGUGUUGUGCGGUCAUUCCCUGAGGUAGAGGGAAAGCGGAAGACCGUGAAGGAGGUUCCUGAGUCCUCGCCAGUCCCCCCAAACAUGCUCCUCACCAAGGGCGACAACAACAUUGCCGACGACACGGAGCUUUACGCGCGCGGACAGGAAUAUUUGCACCGGAAGGAGGACAUUGUGGGUAGCGUGCGCGGGUAUAUGCCGAUGGUGGGCUAUGUGACGAUUAUGCUGAGUGAGCACCCUUGGCUGAAGUCGGUGUUGUUGGGGAUUAUGGGCCUGAUGGUGAUUUUGCAGAGGGAGCAGUAA